UAACAUAGAUUUGGUUUCUGUAGUUACAUUCCAGAUAUUUAAAAAUGAGUUUUGACUCUGCACAACUAGAUUUUUACUACCCUGAAUGAUCAUUUAAGACUUCUGUUUUUAGCUACAUCACAUCUCCACCCUGCUGGCUACGUCACCCUGUCAUCAGCAAACAGCAGGACUCUGUAUCUGAGGAUUCUUGUCUCACCUCACCUGUCAACCUGUAACCACUGUAAACCAGAAGAGGCUGAAGCCUGACUCCCAGUGUCUUGCUCGGAGUUGGUCUUUCUCGUUAGCUUGACCCACAGAAAGUUCUUCCAUCCCGUCCCGGAUCUGUUGCCAGCAUGCCCAUCAUUAGCAACGCCAACCAUGACUUCAGCACCUACUCCAUCAGCAGCGAUGAUAGCAGCCUGGACCGCUUCUUCACUGAGAUCCCAGAGACCGAGACCCUAAAGGGGGUGUACUUCCAACGUGCCCAGCUGCUGAGGGAGCCCCAGGCCUCCUUCGUGGUGGACCAUGCCGUGCAGGUCCUCAUCAACGUCGGGGGGAACCGCUACGCCUUCCCCUGGAGCACGCUGGAGCAGUUCCCCCAGAGCCGCCUGGCCCGUCUUCGCUCCUGCACCACGCCGGAGGAGAUCGCUCGGCUCUGCGACGACUACGACGAGACGUGCCGGGAGUUCUUCUUCGACCGGAACCCCACGGCCUUCAGGGUCAUCCUGAACUUCCUGGCGGCGGGGAAGCUGCGUCUUCUGCGGGAGCUGUGCGCCGUCUCUUUGCAUGAUGAGCUGGACUACUGGGGAGUGGACCCGGGCCACAUGGAGCGCUGCUGCCGGCGGCGGAUGAUCACCCGGGUGGAUGAGGUGGCAGAGCGCCGGCGGAAGGAGGAGGAGUGGAGGCAGAAGAGGAUGAAGCUGAAGAAGAGACCCCCGCAGGUGGAGAAGGGCUACCGCAGGUUGGUGUCGGCGCUGCGGGAGGUGAUGGAAAACCCGCACUCGGGUUUGGCAGGAAAGAUCUUCGCCUGCCUGUCCAUCAUCAUGGUUCUGGUGACUGUGGUCAGCCUCUGCAUCAGCACCAUGCCGGACCUCAGAGACGAGGAGAACCGGGGUGAAUGCUCCCAGAAGUGUCACAACAUGUUUGUGGUGGAGUCGGUGUGCGUGGCCUGGUUCACCCUGGAGUUCCUGCUGCGCUUCGUCAACGCUCCCUCCAAGCUGGCCUUCGCUCGCGGCCCGCUCAACGUCAUCGACGCCAUCGCCAUCCUGCCGUACUACGUGUCGCUGGUGUUCGACUUCGGAGAGGAGGCGCAGGACGAGGCGGUGAUGGGGGCGGGCCGCGGCUACCUGGACAAGCUGAGCCUGAUCCUGCGGCUGCUGCGGGCGCUGCGGAUCCUGUACGUGAUGCGGCUGGCGCGCCACUCCCUGGGCCUGCAGACGCUGGGCGUCACCAUGCAGCGCAGCAUGCGGGAGUUCGGCCUGCUGCUGCUCUUCGUCUGCGUAGCCGUCGCUCUCUUCUCACCGCUGGUCCACCUGGCCGAGAGCGAGCUGGCGCCGUUUGCUGCCGCGCACCCCCAGCACAGCUUCAGCAGCAUCCCGGCCUCCUACUGGUGGGCCAUCAUCUCCAUGACCACGGUGGGCUACGGCGACAUGGUGCCGCGCAGCGUCCCCGGCCAGAUGGUGGCACUCAUCAGCAUCUUGAGCGGCAUCCUCAUCAUGGCGUUCCCAGCCACCUCCAUCUUCCACACCUUCUCUCGCUCCUACCAGGAGCUGAAGCAGGAGUACGAGCGCGUGUGGAAGCAGGAGCGCCACGAGGAGAUGAGCGACUUCUCGCAGGAAGACUUCUCGUCUGCGUCCAAAAAGGAAAGUGAGGGAAUGACGUCCAACGAGACGCAUCGGUCCACGCUGCCACCCUCUGCUUUCUGAUGGACCACAAGUUCAGACAUUUCCAGUGUCCGUCCCUUUAAACCUUUAAUCUGACUCCCAGAUGGACGUCCGGCCGCUGCUCCUGAGGGCCCGGGUCUGCAGGUCUGGGAUGCAUCCGGUUGACCAACCUGCAGGAUCCGAGCCCGAGGAUCCGCUGAUGUUGGGUCUCCAGCUGAGGAGUCUUCCUUUAAUAUCUUCUUCAUCAGGUUUAGUUUUGUUCAGUGCUGCAGCUUCAACCCUUUAUUGAGUCCAGAUUUAGAGAAUCUGUUGCAUGUGAUCCAGGAGGUCCAUCGAUUUAAAUCCCAGCCAGGUUUUUAUGUAUGGACGGAGCCAACAUGUAGCCUGAUUUCCCUCUGAUAGUCCGGAAGACUUGGUUCUAUUGGUACCAAAACAUUUAACAUCUCCAGCUGCUGUGGUUCUCUUCCUCUCUGCUCUGAGUCAAACCAACCUGUUCCCCUCCUGGCCU